AGCCCCGGCCAGUUAAGUUCUGUUCCAGUUUCCUCUGACCGAGUUAAGGCUAAGACUAAAGACAUGCAGUACAAGUGUACAGAGUCCGUAUUCCUCAUUUUUUCACUUGUAUUUCCACUUGCGUCUUAUGGCUCUCACUCUUUAUGGACGUUUGCAACGUCCAUUAAAGGAAAAACGCCAUUUCCUGAAUUGAGUUGUGUAGUGAUGCUGGAUGACGUCAGCGUUCUGUACUAUAAUGGUGAUACAGACAGUUUCAUAGCAAGAGGAAACACAACAGCUGAGGACGAUGUGUUUGAUCAAGGCGCUCUUGAAAUUAUAAAGGGACAUAUAAAAACAGCCUUUAAGCGAAGAUGGGCCAAUGCACAACAAAACUUAACUAAAACUGAUGGUGUUUUCACUCUUCAGCUUUUGGUUAUGUGUGAGCUGAAGGAUGAUGGUGAACCAGGACAAAUGAUUGCACAAGUUGCUUUCGACGGAUUCACCAUAAAUAUGGUGCUAUAUGCUGACAAAAAUGUUACCUUUCACACCAACUUAAACAUCUCAAAGGAAGAAAAAGAACAAAUUUUUGAAAACCUCAAACACCGUCAUAAAACUGUAUAUCAACCAUUCUGCUAUAAGACGGUCAAGGGUUACCUUGAAAAAAGGAGGAAUCAAGUCAAUAGAAAAGUGAAACCAGAAGUCAGACUCUUUCACAAAGCAAACUCAGACUCUGGAGGUUUUCAUGUGAGUUGUUUGGCGACAGGAUUUUACCCUCGUCACAUCAACCUGACCCUGUUGAGAGAUAGACAGCCUGUAUCUGAUCAUGAGGUCACUGGAGGAGAUCUGCUGCCCAAUGGAGACGGGACGUACCAGAUGAGGAAGAGUCUGGAGAUCAGAGAAGAGGAGAGAGAAAAACACGAAUACACCUGCUCUGCUAAACACCUGGGCAAAGAAUAUCACACUGAUUUGGCUGAACCUCACAGAAUCUACACAUGGAUUGCUAUUGGUGUUUCUGUUCUGUUGGUAUGUGCUAUAAUUGUUGGUUUGGCAGUAUACAUUAGGAAAAGAGGCCAAAAGGACAGAACAACAGUACAGACAUAAAGAGGAAAAAAUGAUGGAGUUCUGUAAUCUUCUGAAGUCAUUUCAGUGAAGAUGAAACUGCUUUAUUCAGUGGAGACAAUGCACAUGGUGGAAUGAUAAUCUAAGACUGACAUCUGACUGCUUUAAAGAGUAAAUAUGUAAUAUAGUGUAUAUAAAGAAUUUGAAUUACUUGUUUAUUGUCAUUUAUUUUCUUUGGAGCUUCUUAGAAUUUUGUUGGACGUCAUUUGGGACGUGCUGUGAUACAGUGUCAUGUUUGGUAUCAAUUUAUUAAUUUGUAACUUUUUGUGUUUUGAAUACAACUAAAAAUAAAUAUUUUC